UAAAAAAAAAUUGACGAACCGGGAUCUAUCGGGAGGAAGAGGCAACCAAGAACCGGGGUCUAUUAGAAGAGGCCAGCGGCAGCCACACCCACCACCGCCCGCCAGCCAGCACCGCCCACCACUCUCGUCACCACCUCCCCUUCUCUUCUCUCUCUAACGCUUCACGUCACUCUCUCUCUCUCUCUGUGCUACUUCAGAAACUUCUUUCGGCCGUUGAUUCUCUCGCCAUUUGGAUUCUACACUCUGGAGGUCGCAAGCAAAGCUGCUGACAGCUCCCGCGCUGGCUUUGCAGCUCGAGGAUGCCCGCGAGGUAUUUGAUAAUUUGCCUCAUAGAAUCACUAAGAUUGGAAGUUUACUACAGCAAUGGCGAACAGCAAGUACGAGUACGUGAAGUCAUACGAGUUUGAAGAUGAGAUUAUGCAGCCCAAUUUAAUCGUUGUUAGACUGGACGGUCGCAAUUUUGAGAGGUUUUCAGAAAUUCAUGAGUUUGAGAAGCCUAAUGAUGUGAGAGCUUUGAAUCUGAUGAACUCAUGUGCUACCGCGGUUGUAGAGGAGUAUCCUGACAUAGUCUUCUCGUACGGGUUUGAUGAUGAGUACAGUUUUGUUUUCAAGAAGACGUCCAACUUCUACCAGAGGCGUGCCAGCAAAAUGCUGACCCUUAUCGUGUCCUUUUUCUCUUCCGUUUACGCCACAAAAUGGAAAGAAUUCUUCCCGCAGAAAGAGCUGGAAUAUCCUCCUUCAUUUCAUGCCCGAGUUAUAAGCUGUGCAACAUUAGAGGUCCUUCAAGUGUAUCUUGCAUGGAGACAGAAUGCUUGUCAUUCUGACAACCUCUGUAGAACCUGUUUUUGGAUGCUGAUAAGAAGUGGAAAGACAAUAGAAGAAGCAAAAGAAGCUCUAAAGGAUUGUCAAAAAGAAGAGAAGAACGAGCUUCUUUUUCAGAGGUUUGGCAUCAAUUACAAAAAGCUUCCGGAAAUGUUCCGCCAAGGUUCUUGCAUUUUCAAGACAGAGGUAGAAGUUGUUGUCAAGUAUGAUGAGCAUGGGAAUCCCAUCAAAAGGUUGCGAAGAAAGCCAAACAUAGUUCACACCCAAAACAUAGUGGCGAAAAAGUUUUGGAAUGAGCAGUUAGUUCUUGUUAAAGAGUUAGGUGGUUUUGAAGAUGAAAUUGCCAAAAUAAAAACAGAGUAUGUCAAGUCUUUUUUAUUUGAGAAUAAGCUCUUGCCAUCAACCUACAUCGUGAUCAGAAUUGAUGGUUGCCAUUUUCACAGAUUCAGUGACAUUCAUGGGUUUGAGAAGCCAAACGAUGCCCAAGCUCUCAACCUUAUGAAUACAUGCGCAGUGGCAGUUCUAAAAGAGUUUCAUGAUAUUGUCUUUGCUUACGGUGUUAGUGACGAGUAUAGCUUUGUUUUGAGGAAAAAUUCUCAGUUCAAUCAGCGGCAAGCCAGUGUAUAUAAAACCGACAAUAUCUUUUCCAGUCAAAUUGUGUCUGCAAUUGUAUCAUUCUUCUCCACGAUGUAUGCAAUGAAAUGGAAGGAGUUCUUCCCACAGAAAAAUCUGAAGUACCCACCUUCUUUUGAUGGACGCGCUGUGUGCUAUCCUUCAGAAGAGAUUCUACAAGACUAUUUGGCAUGGCGACAAGUUGAUUGCCAUAUCAACAAUCAGUACAAUACAUGCUUCUGGAUGCUAGUUAAGUCGGGGAAGACCAAGGCUGAAGCCCAACAGUGUCUAAAGGGUACACAAACACAGGAGAAAUACGAACUGCUCUCUCGGCAGUUUGGUACCGAUUACAGCUCUCUACCCGUCAUGUUCCGACAGGGUUCCUUUGUAUACCGAAUGAAGCUUCAGGAAGUUGUGGUAGAUCACAGUAAUAUCAUUGAGCGGAGCUUCUGGAAGGAGUAUUCGAGUAUUCUCGAGGAAAUGCCAGCCCAUACUUCAGCAGCUAAUGAAUGCACACAGACCUCAGUAUCAGCAUCAUGAGCUUGGUAUUCUACUCUUCCCCUGCACAGCGAAGGGAAGGUGAUGAAUAGUUGACAACCCAAUCUGUUGGAGCAGUUCCUUGGAAUUGUUUACCGUUCCUAAUCUGAAUUGUUCGUCGAAAUCAAUAUAUACACGAAUAAAUCAGAUUCUUUUUUAAUUAGAAGGCUAGAGCUUUUCAUGUCAAUCUUAAAUCUUUGAAGAAUCGCUUUGUUUCUUUUCCCUUUUACUUUGAUGGAGGAAUCUUCGGUGGGCCAAUCCACCGUUCUUUUGAGUCGACAAGGAGCCGAUUGUGUCGUUUAGAUAUUCAUUGUUUGUGUAAUGGUGGCCUCCGGAUUUUGAUUAAAAGAAUCGAUGUGUUAUGAUU